UUUACAUUGUGCAAUACUUGUUAGAAGUUUAUUUAUUUGUGUCAUGUUUUUGCAUAAUAGAAAUGUUCUCAAAUUGGCCUGCAAUGCCGCUAACUUUGCAACUGCAAGCGCAACGCGCCCCAAGACUGCCAUUCUUAUGCUGAACAUGGGUGGUCCACAGAAUACGGAUCAAGUCCAUGAUUAUCUCUUGAAAAUAAUGACAGAUCGGGAUAUGAUACAGCUCCCACUGCAGAGUCGUCUGGGUCCUUGGAUCGCCCAGCGCCGGACGCCAGAAGUGCAAAAGAAAUACAAAGAGAUUGGCGGCGGUUCACCCAUUCUCAAGUGGACAGAACUGCAAGGGCAACUAAUGUGUGAGCAACUAGAUAAGAUAUCACCAUCGACGGCUCCACACAAGCAUUAUGUGGGCUUUCGCUAUGUAAAUCCACUAACGGAGGACACCUUGGCUAAAAUCGAGAGCGACAAGCCUGAGCGAUUGGUACUCUUCUCCCAGUAUCCGCAAUAUAGUUGUGCCACAUCCGGUUCCAGCUUCAACUCCAUCUUCACCCAUUACCGCAGCAGUUCCCUACCCUCCGACAUCAAGUGGAGUAUCAUCGAUCGCUGGGGCACUCAUCCGCUGCUGAUUAAGACAUUUGCUCAACGCAUUCGCGAAGAAUUAUCCAAAUUUGUGGAAACUAAACGCAACGAUGUGGUCAUUCUCUUCACGGCUCAUUCGCUGCCUCUCAAAGCAGUGAAUCGCGGUGAUGCCUAUCCCUCUGAGAUUGGAGCCAGUGUGCAUAUGGUCAUGCAGGAGCUGGGUCAAACCAAUCCUUACAGUCUGGCCUGGCAAUCGAAAGUAGGACCAUUGCCCUGGCUAGCCCCCGCUACGGAUGAUGCCAUCAAAGGCUACGUGAAGCAAGGCCUUAAAAACUUUAUACUCGUUCCCAUUGCCUUUGUGAAUGAGCAUAUUGAGACAUUGCAUGAACUGGACAUUGAAUACUGUGACGAAUUGGCCAAGGAAGUGGGCGUAGAGGAGAUCCGUCGUGCUGCAGCACCCAAUGACCAUCCGCUAUUCAUUGAGGCUCUAAGUACCAUUGUAGCCGAUCAUUUGCAAUCAAAUCAAUCGGUUAAUCCCAAAUUCCUAAUGCGUUGUCCCAUGUGCUCCAAUCCAAGGUGCCGGGAAAGCAAGCGCUGGUAUCAACAGCUCUGCUCGCAUUAACAACUUAUAUCUAGAUAUAUACCAUUUACUCAUCUAUAUUCACACAAAUUGCAUGCAAAGCAUGUCUAAAAACAUUCAUUAUGGAUUCCAGGGAUUAUUGUUGAAUUGGCAUUUCAUCGGGCUACAAUUACAUUUCAUAAGCAAUAAAAUAAUAAUAAAAGGAAAUGGAACACAGCACAAAACAGAAA